CGAAUCCCCCUAACUAGGUUUGGUUAUUUCUUUGAUUUCAGAUCGACCUCAGACGCUUGGAGGCCCCUCAAAUAAACAAAGAGAAAAAGGGAAGAGGACUCCCCGGCGGCGGCGGCGGCGGCGAUCAUGCCAUGCACGGCGGCGGCGGCGGCGAUCAUCCACCGCGGGUCACCGGCGGCGUCGGCGGUGGCUAAGGAGCACCGCCGCAGCCGCCGGGACGGGAUCCGGCGGUCGGGGUCCGGCACCGACCUCGUCGGGAUGCGGCGGUCGCGGUCGGAGCCCCAGCUCCGGUGCUCCCUCAGCGCCCCCCGCCCCGCCACCGCCGCUUCCGCGCCGGCGAAGCUCAAGACUAGCCGCUCCGUCGGCCUGCUCUCCUUCAUCCCCAACUCGAUCCGAUCGUUUCUGUUCGAUUCGGAGGAGGCGCAUGGGGGGACGAGAUUGGUGGAUCCGGAUGAGAGCAGCGAGGAGGAGGUGGGAUCGGAGACGGAGAAGCGAUCGAACUGGGUGGAGAGGAUCUGGGAGCUGAGAAACCACUGGUGGGAUCGGAAGCCUAGAGAAGACGAGAAGGCCGCCGGCGACGGCGAUGGCGAGGAGACGGAAGAGUUCUGCCGGGCGAGUUACGACUCGGGCGAUGAAGGGGGAGCGGGGGAGGAGCGGAGCGAGUGGGAUCGGGAGUCGUUCGCCCGGCUCUUGGCCCCGGUCCCGUGGACGGACGCCAAGCUCUUCUCCCAGUUGGCGUUUCUCUGUAACAUUGCCUACGUGAUACCUGAGAUCAAGGCAGAGGACCUGAUGAAAUACCAUAAUCUUCGGUACGUCACUUCCUCGUUGGAAAAGAAAUCGGAGGCCGCAAUCAAGGCCCGGCUCGAGAGCGACUCGACCCAUCCUGCGCCUGAACCGACCGGUCCGUGCCGAAGAUCCGGCCCCGGAACCCAGCUUCCGAUCCGGCCCUCCGUGGCCUACGAGAUCGCCGCGUCGGCCGCGUCCUACGUCCACUCCCGCGCCAAGGGCCUCCUGUCCCUCGGCCGGGAACCCAGGGUCACCAAUCGCGGGGAGAGAUUCGGCGAAGGGCCGGAGGAGGCGCUGUCGCCGAAGGGGACUCCGGGCCAGGAGGCACUCGGAGAAGGGCCGGCGGAGGAGCAGUCGCCGAAGGGGAGUCCCGGCCGAGUGUACAAGACCAAUGUGGCCGCUUACGUGGCAAGGUCGACGAUGACGGCGGUGGUGGCGGCGGAGGAGGAGGCGCGGCAGGAAGCGGCGGAGGAUCUGCGGUCGCUCCAUUCCUCGCCGUGCGAGUGGUUCGUAUGCGACGAUCCCAGUACCUGCACUCGCUGCUUCGUCAUCCAGGGUUCGGAUUCGCUGGCUUCCUGGCAAGCCAACCUGUUCUUCGAACCCACCAAAUUUGAGGAGACGGAGGUGCAGGUACAUCGAGGGAUCUAUGAAGCGGCGAAGGGAAUAUACGAGCAGUUCAUGCCAGAGAUCGAGGAGCACCUGGAGCAUUGGGGUGACAGGGCAAAGCUUCGAUUCACGGGGCAUUCUCUCGGAGGGAGCCUCUCGCUCCUCGUCCACCUCAUGCUCCUGUCUCGGGGCUUCGUCAAGCCCUCCACCCUCCUCCCCGUCGUGACCUUCGGCGCCCCGUCCGUGUUCUGCCGGGGGAAGCGGGUGUUGCAAGCGCUGGGGCUGGGCGAGGGGGAGGUGCGCUCGGUGAUGAUGCACCGGGACAUCGUGCCCCGAGCCUUUUCUUGUGGCUACCCAAACCACGUCGCCCAGGUCCUGAAGCGCCUUAACAAAGCAUUCCAGUCUCACCCUUGUCUCAAUAACGAGAAAGUCCUAUAUUCUCCACUGGGCCAGACGUACAUCCUUCAACCCGACGACAAAACCUCUCCUCCCCACCCUCUCCUACCCCCAGGAGCAGCUCUCUACAUCUUGGACGGAAAGAACGCAGCCGAAGGGGGCGCAUCGACGAAAGCGACGGCGGCCGGCGCCCUUAGAGCCUUCCUCAACUCUCCGCAUCCCCUGGAGACGCUGAGCGACCCGGCGGCCUACGGCUCCGACGGCACCAUCCUCCGCGACCACGACUCCAGCAACUACCUUAAGGCCAUGAGCGGGCUGGUCCGGCAGCACACCAAGUCAGUGGUCUGGCGGACGCGGCGGCAGCGUUUCCACCAAUUGUGGCCCCUCCUCACCCACCAUGAUCCGAGAAUGGAGAAACCGGGCCUGCUCACUCAGGAGGUGCUCUGAGGACUAGACUGGAUCUCUUCGUCGUUUCCCAUUGUGAAAAGUAGUAGAUUUGGAUCCUUUAGUUUUGUACAUGGAAGCAGUCUUUUUCUUUUUGUCCUUUCCGUCGUGUUCUAUCAAUGUACGAUGGAUUCGUACGGGCGCCUUUAAAAUUUAGUUUCUUGUCAACAUGUUAACCUAAGGGACUAUUAGCAUCGAUUUCAGGCGCAAGAAAAUUCUAGCAUCAAACAAUAACUCAAGUGGGU